CAGAUAUAGAAAGGGCAGUGACUUAAUUCGUCAACUUAUAGGUUAAUGCUUAUUGCUUUGGAAAAGAACGCCACCCAACCCCAUAUUACCGUGGAAAAUACCGAUUCAACCAGGUUCACUAUGCAUGGGUUUUGAUUUGGAGAGUGAUCUCCAAAGACUUGGAAUGCCAGGAAUACUAGGAAGAUAUGAAAGGAAAAGGUAAAAGUGGACAUUCCAGUGGACAUAUUGGAGGCAGUGGUGGAGAAGUAUUGAAAGAUUGUCCCUUGCAGUUCCCAGAUCUUACUCCUUUGGAUCACACCAAGUAUUGUCCACAAUAUUCAACAGUCCUUGCAAAAAGCGAUGAUGCCACAGUGGGUUAUGGAGAACUAGACUCAUUACAGCCAGAGCUGGAGACUCUGCUGUCUUCUGUAGCAAAAAGGAUGAGACAGUUGGAGAAUGAAAUCCAGAUAUUGGUGAACUGGCAAGAGAAAGGAAAGGAUAAGAAAGGUGGAAAGUUUCAACAGCCACCAAUGCCUAGUCCAGCAGGUAAGAGGGGGAAGGGAGGGAAAGGUGGAGGUAUUCCCACAUCAGAGGAAAGACCAAGUAAGAAGUUCAAAGAAAGCAGUGGGAAGGGUUCCCUUGUCUCCACUCCUGGGAGACCGCCAAAAGGGAAAAACAUUCAGGCCAAAAUGCAAGAGUAUGAGUUUGUGGAUUCACCCUUGGAGCUUCCCAAGCUCCCCAGAAAUGAUGCUCCAGACCGGUUCUGGCAGAGCCUGGAACCCUAUUGCUGUGAUAUAACGCAGGAAGAUCUCAAAGUACUGGAGCAGAUCCUUCAGUCUCACGAGGACGAUGCUGAAUACUACAAAGUGCCAACACUGGGAAAGCAUUAUUCACAGAAAUGGGCCCAGGAAGAUCUAAUUGAAGAACAGAAAGAGGGAGUGAAGAUCACGGAGCCCAAGAGGAGGGGUUUGAGCAAUCUCAGUAACAGUACAACUCCCAACACACCAGAGGUCCAUGCUCUGUUGAAAAAGGCAGAAUCUGUUGAGCUUUCUGAAGAGUCAUCACCAUUUGGUCCCCUAACACAGAGACUGGUUCAGGCUUUAAUGGAAGAAAACAUAAUGACACCCAUUGACGAUUCCUCAAUGUCAGAUAUUGCAGGAACAGAUUCUGAAGCAAUAGCCAACAUGUCACCAAGAGCCCUUGCCAAACAGCUGAAUAUAGGAAACACGGCACAGCUUGAGAGGAGAAUCAAAAGAGAGCUGGAAGAACAAGGUAUAUUAGAGGCUGAUGAGAGACCAGAAGAUAAUCCAGAUGAUGAAAUUCUGUCUGAAUUGAGAAGAAAACAGCAAGAACUUAAGGCAAUUGGCCAGCAUAAUCUUGUAGUAACUAAGAGACUGUACAAAUUAGCAAAGGAAGAGAUGUCAAAGCAAGAUCUCAGGAAGAAGUUAGCUGCGGUGGAUGCAGAGAUAAUGGAAGCCUACAGAAAGGUCCAGUCAACAAGAAUAAAGAAGAAAACUCCCACCAAAAAGGAAAAGGAUGCCAUGUGGAGAGCUAUCAAAGAGAGAGAACAAAUUUUGAAAAUCCUUAAUACUUGACUCUGGUGUGUAACUACACCAAAUCUCCUGAAUUUUAAUGCCAAGAUCAUGGAUGCUGAAAUGUAAACAAUUAUAAUUAUUGACAAAUGACAAGUUCACUGUAUGUUUUCCUUAACUGAAAGUGUAUUAUGGCAUUUUGAUAUUUGAGAGUGACCCAGUUAGCUCCUUGAUGUAAGAAAGAGAAUAGUAAGACUGUAAGUCCAUCAAAAGUUGUUAAUUUUCUUCUCCUUUCAGUGCUGUGGAUAAUAAGGUUAAUGCUCCCACAUUAACAUGCCCAUGAGUAGACAGAUGUGAUUAAACACAUUUGAUGUAGUUGUGUCUGCACACCUUCGCAGUACUUAUGUUGUCUAAGCAUUGUGUAACACUUUGUUAGCUCGUUGUACAUUCACACACAUUAAUAUAUAUAUUCUGUAUGAUACUUUGUCAUAGAUAUGAUGUAAGUAAUGUAAUACCAAUAUUUUUGGAGUUAAAUGGUGAAGUCGUUAGAAUUGCAUAUUAAAAUUGAGCAUUUUCAAUUAUAUUGUUUCUACAUUAGUAGUAGAGAAUUCAGAUUGAGUGUAUGAGGUUAGUAUUUUUAAUUUGAUAUUGACCCUUCUUAUUGUUUAUUAGUAUAUGAUGAGAUGAGAUAUGAAUUUAUUCAACCAAUAAAUGUAUAAAAGUAUUA